AUGGAAGUGGCCAAUGAACAAACAAAAACAGUGUCUCGAUCCUUCACCAUGAAAGGCGGGGAUGGCCCUCUCAGCUAUGCCCGAAACUCCAGCCUUCAGAAAGGAGUUGUUGAUGCAACGAAAGAAAUGAUCAUUCAAGCAAUCGCAAACACGCUUGACAUCGACAAGCUCUGCUCUGAAUCUUCCAAAACAUUCCAAAUUGCAGAUUUUGGUUGUUCCAUUGGACCGAACACGUUUUACGCCAUGCAAAACAUCAUAGAAUCUGUGGACCAAAAGUGCCAUGCCAAGCAUGGGAGCUCUGCAUCAAUUGAUCUGGAAUUCCAGGUCUUCUUCAACGAUCACACCAGCAAUGAUUUCAACACGCUAUUCUCAUCUCUCCCUCCCUCGCUGCCAUAUUUCGCUGCUGGGGUGCCUGGUUCAUUUUACGGGCGCUUAUUCCCAAAAUCCAGUAUCCAGAUUGGACAUUCCUCUAGUGCAUUGCAAUGGCUCUCCAAAGUUCCGGAAGAAGUUGUUGAUAGCAGUUCCCCGGCCUGGAAUAAAGGAAGCAUAUAUUGCACUGGAACAGAAAAAGAAGUUGCUAAAGCUUUUGCAGCUCAGUUUGAGAAUGAUAUGGAAACCUUUUUGAAUGCUAGAGCUGAAGAGCUUGCAAGUGGAGGGUUGAUGGUACUCGUUAUGGGUGGAAUUCCCGACGGGAUCUCUCUAUGUCAGACUUCGAUCGGAAAAUUUUAUGAUUUUUUCGGUUCUUGCCUCCUCAAUUUGGCUAAGAAAGGAUUAGUCACUGAAGAAAAGGUGAAGUCUUUCAAUUUGCCCUUAUACUUUCCAUCCACAAAGGAGUUGAAGGCAAUCAUAGGGAGAAAUGGGGAUUUUAGCAUCGAACGUAGCGAUGAGAUAAUAGAAAAGUUGAAGCAUGUGCAUGCCUUGCCUGAUGCCCAAAUCUACAUAUCGCAAAUAAGAGCUGGAAUGGAAGGUUUGAUCAAACAUCAUUUUGGGAAGGAGAUUGCGGAGGAGUUCUUCCAAAGCUACGCCGCAAAACAUGUAGAGACUGGCUUCGUCUUUACAGCCAAUGCCUGUGACAAUACCUUAAUAUUCAUGAUUCUCCGACGCAAAUGA